GCUCGCCGAGCCCUCCCCACGCCCGAUGCGGGAAACACCUGCAAGGCCUUUUUUUCCUUUAUAACAGGGAAAUGCUGCCCGGAAAGAAGGGGAGUCGAGUUCCGCGGUGACCUCCUGUUCGAAUCUGACCAUCACCAUCUCGAAUCACCCUACCAGGACCUAGCAUCAUGAAGAGCCGAUUUGCAGCCAUAUCGGCGUCCGCCGUACUGGCUGCCGGCGCCGCGAUGGCCGACGACGCGUGGCGCGCGCCCGGGUCGGCCUUCGGAUCGCCGCUGCCGCCGUUCGUCGACACCGAGACCGCUGAAGUCUUCCGGAAAGCCGUUGCCGCGCCGAAUGCGACGCGUUCAAUCAAGUUGCGGCCUUUCGCCGACAGCGGCACGAGCAGCACCCAGCUGAGCCAGGACGAGUGGACUUGGCGCGUCAACGUCACCGAGCUCGCCCUGCCCCGUCUGCCCUCCAACCUCUCGGCCGCCGGCAUCGACAGCCCCAGCACCUUCGUGACGACGUACGACCUCUCUUGGCCCAAUGGCGGCAACAUCUCGUCCGGGCUGCGGGGGUCGUCGUCGCCCUUCUGCGUCACCGCGUUCGACUACCUGUUCCCGGCCAACGUCACGGACCUGUACACGGAGGCGGACGCCGGCAGCACAGACUGCAUGCCCGUCCUAGGCGAGGAGUGCUUGAACGCGCUCUACUACGACGGCAACAACCUCGACGGCGACCAGUGCGUCGUGCCGCAGUGGGGCAACAUCCCCGAGUGCAACGCGACGCUCGGCGCCGCCACGCGGGCCGACAGGGCCGGGCGCCCCUUCACCUUCAGCGCCGCGACGGCCGACGCCAACCCCGCCUCGGCCAACAACGCCCUGAACGAGGCGCCGCCGGUCCAGAGCGGGCAGGGCAUCUGGACGUUCCAGGGCGGGGUGCUCAGCGGCGCGGACGCCGUCCGGGGGUACCAGGAUGCCUCGGGCCGGCUGCAGGUCUUCAUGUUCAACACCUGGCUGAACAUCACCAACGGCCGGGUGAGCAAGCCCAACGUCCUCUGCAUGCGGGUCGACACCGCGGCCGCACCCGCCGGGACGUCGACCGCUGCUUCACCUUCCUCUUCUUCUUCUUCUUCUUCUUCUUCUUCUUCUUCUUCUUCUCCUCCUCAGUCGGCCGCUCCUCCUCAGGGCCGCGCGGUUGCUGCCGUCGUGGCGGGGGUUCUUGUAACUGUAGUUGCGUUGCUCUCCUAGAAACCCGGAAUGAUACUUUGAACCUGUGUUGCUUACUUACAUGCUGCGACCUCCGGUACUCGCCGAGAGAUGAUGGCGGACGUGCAAACGCGCUCUAACUGUCAUUAAUACCAGGAGCCAGCGGUCAUUCGAGACGCUUUGUUGGUUGAAGCGGCAGGUCGGAAUACUAUCUCAACCAUGUGGGAAAGCCCUUUGAGGACCAUUGAACAAGUGCAACAUUAUACAGAGCCGAGCUGGGUCAUCAUUCCAGGCGAUUGGACGUUGAAUGCACGAUCAGCUGUCCCAAAACAGGCAAUGCAAGCACUCUGGUGAAAAAAAGAGAGCGCCGAUUGUUCCUACUAUUACCACAGCCGCAGCAAUAGGUCAUACAGCUUUCGAUAUACUAAAAAAGGCGCAUCGACGAGGCGCUCUGUGUUUUGAAUACAAAUAAAAGAAUGUUCC